GGUCCAAAGGGUCGAAUCUGACCUCAGUUUAGAGUUUCGUCAUCAGAGGAGCUGCGAUCAACACGGAUAAAGGCUAAUGUGGUCCUUAAAUACAAUCAUUAUUCAGCCAUUUCUGUGACCCUCAUAUAACAAAAAGAUGGAUAAAUAUUAAAUUAUUUCGGAUGUUUUUAAAGAUGCAGAUAUCUCACAAGGCUGUGUGGUUGUUUGCUGUCAUGCUUCUUUUCCUCUUUACAACCGGUCAGUGUCAACAGAAUGAAAGUCGCCGGGCUGUGACCGAACACCAGCUGAUGCACGACCGCGGACGAAACAUCCAAAGUCUGAAGAGACUUAUUUGGCUUUCUAGUGCCAUUGAAUGUCUCCACACUGCUCAGGCGCGCUCUGCUGCUUUCAGCCCCACAGAUUUCCUGAACUCGGCUCUGAAUCCAGUGCUGAUCCCAGUUGCAGGGAGCCCCCAGGCCGCACAGGUCCAGAACAUCUUGAGAGACUUUUUUUAUUCCCACUUGGCUCAUCUGUCAGAUGGAGAGUCUUAACCACGCUGACACAAAAUAAGAAACAUGGAUAAAAUAAUAAUUGUGAAUAAUAAAAAGCCUGCAGCACAACACCGAAAUGAUCUGUAGUGCAGAGACUGACAUUCAGCAAUAAACGUGUACAAAUAUCUAAA